CGGUGAUUAUUUGAAGGCGGCGUGAGGGAGAGCGAGCGAGCGAGAGGAAGGGCUGCUCUGCUCCGCUGUGUGUGGGCUUCGGGAUUUUCUUUUCUUCUUCUUUUCCUACUUCCAUCCUCUCCCCGCCACUGGAAGUCCUCCCGUAUCUAAAUGGAAUUAGUGGAGACCGAAGCCCCUUGCGUAAGGAACAGACAUGACCCAUGGGCGCAGCUUCUUUCACAUUGUAGCAAGUCUAAUCAUCCUACAUUUGUCUGGGGCAACCAAAAAAGGAACAGAAAAGCAAACUACUUCCGAAGGGCAGAAACCAGUGCAGUGUGGAACUUGGACAAAAUAUGCAGAAGGAGGCAUCUUCACUUCUCCCAAUUACCCCAACAAAUAUCCUCCUGACAGAGAGUGCAUCUACAUUAUAGAAGCUGCCGCUAGACAAUGCAUUGAACUACACUUUGAUGAAAAAUAUUCUAUAGAGCCUUCUUGGGAGUGUAAAUUUGACCACAUUGAAGUACGAGAUGGACCUUUUGGCUUUUCCCCAAUCAUUGGACGUUUCUGUGGACAGCAAAAUCCGCCUAUGAUAAAAUCAAGUGGCAGAUUCCUGUGGAUUAAAUUUUUUGCUGAUGGUGAGCUGGAAUCUAUCGGGUUUUCUGCUCGGUAUAAUUUUACACCUGAUCCAGAUUUUAAGGACCUCGGAGUUUUGAAACCAUUGCCAGUUUGUGAGUUUGAGAUGGGAGGACCUGAAGGAAUUGUGGAAUCUGUACAAAUUGUCAAAGAAGGAAAAGCUUCUGAAACUGAAGCAGUAGACUGUAAAUGGUACAUCCGAGCACCACCCCGGUCCAAGAUCUAUUUGCGAUUCUUGGACUAUGAGAUGCAGAAUUCCAAUGAAUGCAAAAGGAAUUUUGUAGCUGUCUAUGAUGGAAGCAGCUCCGUGGAGGAUUUGAAAGCAAAGUUCUGCAGCACUGUUGCUAAUGAUGUGAUGCUGCGGACUGGGCUCGGUGUGAUCCGCAUGUGGGCAGAUGAAGGGAGUCGAAACAGCCGAUUCCAGAUGCUCUUCACAUCUUUCCAAGAACCCCCUUGUGAAGCCAACACAUUCUUUUGCCACAGUAACAUGUGUAUUAAUAAUACGUUGGUCUGCAAUGGACUCCAGAACUGUGUAUAUCCUUGGGAUGAAAAUCACUGCAAAGAAAAAAGAAAAGCUAACUUACUGGACCAACUUACCAAUACCAGUGGGACUAUAAUUGGGGUGACUUCUUGCAUUGUGAUCAUCCUCAUUGUUAUCUCGGUUGUAGUACAAAUCAAGCAGCCUCGUAAAAAAUUUGUCCAAAGGAAAACAGACUUCGAUCAAACAGUGUUCCAGGAGGUGUUUGAGCCUCCUCAUUAUGAAUUAUGCACCCUCAGAGGGACAGGGCCUACAGCUGACCUUGCUGAUGUUGCAGAUGACUUUGAAAAUUACCAUAAACUGCGAAGAUCAUCUUCAAAAUGCAUUCAUGACCAUCACUGUGGAUCACAAGUGUCUAGCAUUAAGGGCAGCCGUAGUAACCUCAGCACAAGAGAUGCUUCUGUCUUGACAGAAAUACAACCCCACCCUGUAAAACCACUCAUUCAGCCCAUGAACAGGAGAAACAUCCUUGUCAUGAAGCAUAGCUACUCACAAGAUGCUGCAGAUGCGUGUGAGAUAGACGAAAUUGAGGAGGUACCAACUACAAGUCACAGGCUGUCCAGACAUGAUAAAGCUGUUCAGCGGUUCUGCCUCAUUGGGUCUCUAAGCAAACAUGAGUCUGAGUACAACACAACUAGGGUCUAAGAGACAAACCUGAGACUGCUUGAGAAUAGUGCGCUCCUGGGUGAUUUUGAACAUGCUACAAUGAAAUGUGAAACAAUCGUCCUUGGAAACACCAGCUUGAGGUUUUAUGGACUCUCUGCCCAGCUAUUCUCAUAUCAUGCAAAAUUCAGCUAACAGUGUUGAGUAAUAUUACUAGAAGGCAAUAAGACUUUGGUUACUAUCUUUAUCGGUCAU